CCACUACUCUUGCUUUCAGGCAACUUUCCUCAGUAUCUUGGAACCUGGAACAGGUCAUUGAGUGUCAUAAUGUCAAAUCAUUAUUGUACGUCCAUGCGUCAGGGGCAACCAACGAGGAUAUAGUUUAAAACCACUUAACAUAGCAUUGUUGAAUGAUUUUAGUAUUCAAACGGUAGAUAUAGGCAUAUUUUUAUCCCGUAAAAACUUUUCAUCUGUUCGGAUUUCCUAGCUGAAAGUCUAGUGAUCCAAAAAUUAUAGGGAUAAAAACCUACCUUCUCGAAAAUUUCAGCCAGGAAAAGGCUCCGGCAAAUUCUAGGUGGCCUUUUUUAGGGUCAAAAUCCGUUAAAAAUGGGUAAUUUUACCAUUUUGUAGAUGUUCAAAAAUCCUAGGAGAGGCAGGCAAGCAAGAAAUUUUACAACAAAUGCUCCGAAAAUUCUAGAUCUCAAAUCGUCUUCCGAACAGAUAUUUUCCCGAAAAUUGCCGUUGGGUGCCCCUGAUGCGUUUAGGACAUGCCUUUGUUUGUGGCUUGUGUUGGUCAACAUUGCCCUUGACCAUCAACAACAAAUUGCUGAUAUUUCAAGGUUGCGAAAAUUUAAUACUAGUCUCCCACGCAGCCAUUUUUGUGGGGAGAAGCGUUGCGUGAUGAGACAAAAGGAGACUAUAAUGAAACAAGGUGUCUUACGCAUU